ACUUUUCAUUGAAUCUUCCUGAAGGAGAAAUGCUAACAAGUAACAACAUUCUCUUUUGCCUUCUCUACUUAAUUGAUAUUUUAUGUUUUUUUAGUUAAAUAUUAGUUGUUAUUAAUGUUAGUAAACUAGUUCUUUCACCAGAGUUUGAAUUCUAACCAUUUCACCCUUCCUCAAACUCUUAUGUCUCAUAACUCUUACCACUAUUGUAAAUCCUUUACUGUUGGUGAUGGUAAUUAUCUAUAGAUCCAGCCAAUCGAUGAAAGGAAGUGGCAGAAUUGGGCAGGGUAUCUUAAUAAUUUCUUUCAUGUUACUAUUUGUCCAAUCCCAUGGACAAUUCCAGUUCGACUACUUCAAACUUGCAUUGCAGUGGACACCGACCACGUGCGCUGUGUCAACAUGUAAUCAAACAAAAUUUUCCCAAUUUCCACAAGAAUUUACAAUUCAUGGCCUCUGGCCCUCCACAUAUGCUUAUCCACAACCGAACUGGUGCCAACCGCGGUUACUCUAUGAUACCAAUAACACACAGUUUAUUCCACUGAAAAAUCAACUUAAUGCUAAUUGGCCGGAUAUGAUCAAACCCACUAAUGAUAUAUUCUGGGGUCAUGAAUUUGAGAAGCACGGAACAUGCAUGACCAGCAAUCAGGCAGACUACUUCAUCACUACUUUAAAUCUGAAGUCACAACUCAUUCCAAACGUGAAAGCUGCGAUUGGAUAUGCUCCCAGCCGUAUGACGCGAAACAUUCAAGAUUUUAUGACAUCUCUCAUAAGAGCUUAUCGGUUUCAACCAGUCAUUGUGUGCGAUGCUUUGGCAGAAGUUUGGCUUUGCUUUGAUAAUAAUAGGAGACUCAGAAAUUGUCCGCGACCUUGGAAGAUUAAUUGUAACACAUUUAUAUCUUUGUUAGCAUGACAAAAAUGUAUCAAGUAUUGAACAUCCAUGGAAACCACAGAAUAAAAUAAGAUCUAUUAUCAUAUUACUUUAGUGUUAAUUGACAUGGGCUAAAGUGAUUCUCGUGGGAUAAUUAAGUGAAUAAAAUUUUGGCAAUAAUUUGAAGG